CAGGGAGACACAGACAGCCACAAGCACCUAGCAAGUCACCUACUAAAAUGUUAACAUUGAACCAUCUCUUUGAUCCUCCGGAUCAGAUUUGCUAUGUACAGUGUGGUUUUUGUACCACCAUUUUACUUGUAAGUGUUCCAUGCAGCAGCUCAUCCACGUUGGUGACUGUGAUAUGUGGGCACUGCUCCAGCCUCCUCUCAGUCAACUUGACGAAAAUCGCUUUUCUCCCUUUCAAUCUCUUAACUUCUCUCAGCCAUGAUCAUGAGCAAAAACAAAUGCAUAGUCCAGACGAAGUCAAUGCUCAAAAAGGCUUAGACACGCAAAGUUCAUUCAUUGUAAUCGCUUCUGACAAUGAUGAAGAUAUUGAUAAAGUUAAUCCAGUGAAUCGUGUCAUUAAUAAACCCCCGGAGAAAAGACAGAGAGCACCAUCGGCUUAUAACUGCUUCAUCAAAGAAGAGAUUAGAAGGCUUAAAACUGAAAAUCCAAACAUGGCCCACAAAGAAGCCUUCAGUACAGCUGCAAAAAAUUGGGCCCAUUGCCCCCAUGUCCACUACAAAGAUGAUGGAGAGACCAAUGGCUUGGAAGAGGAGAACAGCACAUGGUCCUCUGAUGCAGCUGAGGUCAACAUAGAAAGCAAAGGUUUCCAUGAAAGAAAGGUUCCAAGGCAUUACAUGUGGGCAAAGACACCCUUUGAAUGAUCGAGACUUCUAUAAACUGGAAAAAGAAUAAAAUUGUUUCUCUUUUAGGGUUUGGGUUGGGUUUAGAUCUCAUGUCCAUUUAAGGUAGAUGCUCUCGGGAAUGAGAUUCACUGCAAGUUGUGAAAGACUGACUGACUAUAAGAAACUUAAGGUUUUCAAGGUGUUUAAUGAUAUUGGAUCGAUGCAUGUUCUGUCGCAAGGACACCAAUUCACUUGAAUGUUGA